AUGUCUCAUGGCAUUUCUCUUAGCAAGAAGCAGUGUCUUUCGACACAUGAUGAGCGAGAGCGCAUGAGUAGAAUCCCAUAUGCUUCUACUAUAGGAUCUAUCAUGUAUGCCAUGCUUUGUACUCGUCCUGAUAUUGCAUGUGCUUUAAGCAUGACGAGUAUAUACCAAUCGGAUCCAGGUGAGAGUCACUGGACAGCAGUCAAAAACAUCCUUAAGUAUUUAAGAAACACUAAGGACAAGUUUUUGGUCUAUAGAGGAAGUGAUGAGCUUGUUUUGAGUGGUUACACUGAUGCUAGUUUUCAGACAGACAAAGAUGAUUUCUGUUCACAAUCUGGAUUCAUCUUUUGUCUUAAUGGAGUUGUGAGCUGGAAGAGCUCCAAGAAAAGCAUUGUGGCAGACUCAACGACUGAAGCUGAAUACAUCGCUGCUUCUGAAGCGGCAAAGGAGGCUGUUUGGAUUAGGAAGUUCAUUACUGAACUAGGUGUGAUUCCUAGCAUUUCUGGCCCGGUGGAUCUCUAUUGUGACAAUAAUGGAGUCAUUGCUCAGGCAAAGGAACCUAGAUCACACCAGAAAUCCAAAUACAUUGAAAGGAAAUAUCAUCUCAUUUGUGAUAUUGUUGAUAGAGGAGAUGUGAAGAUUAGCAGAGUCUCAACGAAUGCAAAUGUUGCAGAUCCUUUGACAAAGCCUCUUCUACGGCCUAAGCACGAGAGUCAUACUACUGAUAUAGUCAUUGGAUUUCUUAAACAGUGA